AGAGAUGGAGUGAGAGCAAAAGAGCGAGCUGUUGGGAGUGACACAGUGAGAGAGAAAGAGAGAGAGAGAGAGAAAGAGAGCAAAAGGGAGGGGAGUUUAAACUAAGUGCUAUGUUUUGGGACAGGCUAAUCUGCUAGCGAGCAGUGUGAGGAUCGGAGCGUAUUGUGUGAGCCAGUGUGCGGGGGACAGAUAAGGGAGCCAGCCAGCCCGCCAGCCCGACCCACCGACUGCCUGACUGCCUGUUUUAAUGUGCUGACUCUGGGGAGAUUUAAAAAAAAAAAAGCAGCAUAUUGACUCCUUAGACUUGUGCGGAGACCGUGGGCACAAACGCCACCACUACAGCCACAGUCAGCAGAGGUGCAUCCAAAGACAGGAGAGAAAGAAAUUAAAGAGCACUGAAAAAUCACAACAAAAAUCUAAAAAUUUAAGAGGAUUUUUUUUUUUUUUUUAUCCCCCCUCUUUUUUCAAUUGAUUUGAUUUUUUCUUUCUAUUUUGUGUUCCCGGGACUGACUCCCAGCCGUAGAGAAGAAAACGGGGAGCAAAGAACUGAAGAGAAUCUCAAAAUAAAAAGGACAGAACGAAAAAAGCAGCGAAUCUAAACAUGUUCGAAAUAAGCCGAACACUCAACGCCGCUUUGUUGAGCAAUGAGCAUCUCAAGAUGAUGGCGAGGUACGGGCAGCUCUCGGGACUAGCAGCCAGUGGCGUGGGCUCCGUCCCCGAGACGCACUCGCCGCUAUUUCCCAGGGAUCUCCUGUCAUCGCCAGCCCAGAUGGGCUACAGGUCACCCCUGGGGUCGACAGAGACACAGUGGCGUCAGGCAGAGCUCCCACAGCUCCAGGGCUGGGCAGAGAAGGGAUUGCUGACACAGCCAAAGAUGAUCAUCAGUAACAUGGAGGCUCCAGUGACAAAUGGCCCCAGCGGAGGAGGUACCACAUCCAACGGACCGACCAACAACAGCCGCGGCUGCCCCUCGCCCAUGCAGACUGGCCAAUCAAAUGACGACAGCAAGACCAACCUCAUUGUCAACUACCUGCCCCAGAACAUGACCCAAGAGGAGUUCCGCAGCCUGUUUGGUAGCAUUGGCGAGAUUGAGUCUUGCAAGCUGGUUCGCGACAAGAUCACAGGACAGAGUCUGGGCUACGGCUUUGUCAACUACAUCGAUCCAAAGGACGCAGAGAAAGCCAUCAACACGUUAAAUGGACUCAGACUUCAGACCAAAACGAUCAAGGUGUCAUAUGCACGACCCAGCUCAGCCUCCAUCCGGGACGCCAACCUGUAUGUAAGCGGCCUGCCUAAGACUAUGACUCAGAAGGAGCUGGAGCAGCUCUUCUCCCAGUAUGGACGCAUCAUCACCUCCCGCAUCCUGGUUGACCAGGUCACAGGCCCCGCAGGUGGUUCCCGAGGUGUGGGCUUUAUCCGCUUUGAUAAGAGGAUAGAGGCUGAGGAGGCCAUCAAGGGCUUGAAUGGACAGAAGCCAUCAGGUGCUGCCGAGCCCAUCACCGUCAAGUUCGCCAACAAUCCCAGCCAGAAGACCAGCCAAGCCCUUCUGUCACAACUCUACCAGUCCCCCAAUCGCCGAUACCCAGGCCCCCUCCAUCACCAGGCUCAGAGGUUCAGGCUGGACAAUUUGCUUAAUAUGGCCUAUGGCGUAAAGAGGUUCUCCCCCAUCACCAUUGACAGCAUGACCAGCCUGGUUGGCAUGAACAUCCCUGGGCACACGGGCACCGGUUGGUGCAUCUUUGUGUACAACCUGUCCCCAGAUUCAGAUGAGAGUGUGCUCUGGCAGCUGUUUGGGCCCUUCGGUGCGGUCAACAAUGUCAAGGUGAUCCGUGACUUCAACACCAACAAGUGCAAAGGCUUUGGCUUUGUCACCAUGACGAAUUACGACGAGGCGGCCAUGGCCAUCGCCAGUCUCAACGGCUACAGGUUGGGCGACCGUGUCUUGCAAGUCUCCUUCAAGACUAACAAGACACACAAAUCCUGAACUUUGACAAGUAGAAGCAGUUGCCCCGCGACUUUGUCAGCUCCCAAAUUGCCCCCAACCUUUCCCCCCACCUCCACCCGUCCCUUAGCCCCUUCAGUCACUACCACCCUACUACAGCCAUCCAACACAGCAAACUCAAACUCCAACCGGAACACAAAGCAACCGACAAACCAUCAAACAAAUUGAACUACAAAUGGCUUAUAUUAUAACUUUGGACCUAUAAGCCAAUGUUGCCUAAGUAUUACAAAAAUGAAAUGAUGAAAAUGUUCAUGAGUUUUUUGAAGCUCCUGUGAUAAUGCAGGCUUCUCUUUAUUGUAUAUUCUUUCUGUUUGUUGUGGUUGUUAAAAUGAUUUUUCUCUUCUGUGUACACAGUAGCAAAUCCCUGUAUCCCCUUAUUUCAGAGAAGAGAACGUCCUUUUUAGAUUGAAACCUUUUCUCUGUCUUGAUUCAGGAUUUGUUUUUCUUUUGUAAAUCCGGAUCCACUGUCGUUAGUAUUAAAUACCUCCCUGUCGGUGAAAGGGAGCGGGCUCUUUUUUAAAUUGGUGAACCAUUCAUUCAUUUUUAGUGUGUAUCCAAAACCUCCCCUUAUCGAUUAUAGAUGGGAUUCCACAAUCUCAGUAACUCUAAUGUAGAAAAGAAAAGAAUUUCUAACAUUGUUUUUGUUUUGUAUCGCAAACAAAACAUAAUGUCUUUCCUCACAGGGGUUUAGGGAGAUGGGGCGAGGGAGGGGAUGGGUUAGCUUUCCUGAUGACACGUUCAGUAAUUUAAGAAAAAAAAAUAACACUGUUGCCAAAGAGAAGAUCUCUUUGCUUGAAAAAAAUGCGUUUAGAAAAAGAUAAAAAUAAAGAGAAAGAAGAUCUAUUUUUAUAAAUGAUAAUUAAAAUAAUAAUUAUUGAAGAAUUUUUACAAGAAUCUGGAUUUGAAAAAGAGAAAAAUAUUUUGACUGGCUAACUAGGGGGGGCCGGGGCGGGAGGGAGGGGGCACCACCUUGUCUUGUCGUUCUGCCGUGGUACUUUAUAGGAUCGAAGGUUGUUUGUUUUUUGGGGAAUCCAAGUUGGCCGUGAUUUUGUAGAUGGAAGGGAUGCAAACCGAGGCAGGUGAUUUUGGUAAUUUUUCACAUAUGUACUAGUGCGUAAUUAUUCAACAGCGAUACCCAAAAGGGGAGGGAGAGGGGUCUUUCCAAGGCCUAACCAUCCUUAUAGUGCAGAGCCCUAAGCAAGAAGACCCUUUGUCCACUUGUUACUUGUUUUUGUCAUCAGUCAAUAUGGGAUAUCAGUAAAUAAAUAUAUAUAUAUACACAUCUAUCCAUUUAGACAGCAUACUAUACAUUAUAUCAUUUUCUUCGGUCUGCGUUUGUGAAUUUACAUUUGAAAAGAACUUCCUUUUAGCGAUCAACAGUAGGUGCUAUACUACAUUAUUCACAUAUCUUAAAUAUCCAAGUUUGUUGUUCUAUGUGUUGUUUAAAGAAAAAAAAUACUUCGAUGUUGGCAUUGAAUUGAGCUGCUGUUCUUUGUUUAAUAUUUGUUUAUUGUUGGCCCAAAAAUCUGGUGAGACUUUCUUUGCUGAAUAACCAGAUUAAUGAAUUUGGGCCUUGUAAGAAUCACUGAACAAAUUUUUAUUUUGUAUUUUUUUCGUUUGGCUUGCUGACUUUUAGGUUACUUGCUGAGCGUGAAACGUUUGUCAAAACUAAAUGAUGAUUAGCUAGUUCCGUUUAGUCUAGAUAUUUGUUUCCUUAAAAAGGAUCUAUGACAACUGUGUCUUUAUUUGCUGUGUACAAAUAGAUGAUAUAUAUAUACAUAUAUAGUCUACAUUUGUUUUACAAUAUCUACUGUACUAUAUGAGUUGUCACUGUUCUUUUGUUUGAGCUUGUCUUUUUCAUAUGACAACUUAUUAUGAAGUGGUGGUUCAGUUACUUAGAAAAACUUGUGAGGAAACUGUUCAAUUGUUGUCAUGUUGCUUGUGGAGAAAAAAAAAAGAUUUGGAUUAACUUUCAGUUUGCUGCCGCGGCAAAAGAAACCGAACAAAAGCUUAGAAUAUAACUAUUUGUUUACCAGUUUAUUCACUUCUCUAUUUUUUAAACUAUUUAUUUUUCUAUUUAUUUGUAUUUAUUAUAUAUUUAUUAAUUUAUAUGUGUAUUUAUGUAUUUAUUUGUUUCAUUGUCUGUGUAUUUGCGUGAUUCUGGUACAGGGAGGGUGGCGUUUCUGAGCAAAAGGGAACAAAGCGACUAGUGGAGAGGCUCUUCCAGUAGUCCACUGCACUGAGAGAACUUUUAGUACGUUUGUGCUUUGUACCAAUAUAUCAAAAUUACAAUAUAAAAAAUCUAAAAGUCAAGAAAACUGAAAAAAAUGUCUGGAGGGUUGGGGGACGCUCUUCCCUUAUUACUAGAAACAGUUACUCGCUAUGCAUAACCUAGUUAAUAGUUAAAUUUGCUAUUGCUUUUUUCUUGUCUUGUUAAAAUGAAAUCUUUAGAUCUUUUUCAAUAAAGUUUAGUCUUAAUAGAAUGUUAUAAACAGUCGUUCUGGUUCAAUAUAACCUGUGAUAAGUUUGUGUAGUUCUAAAAAGCCACUCCGUCCACACCCUCCCUCCACUUACUACCGCUUUGUGAUGAAACCUUAUGCAAAAAUGUGGGUCUGAAAGCAUAGUUUUCAGUUUUCAGUAAAACAUUUUAUAUAACAUUCAGCUCUUGGAGGCUUGGGCAGAUACAUUUUAAAAGGAGCAAAUGCCCAUUGUUGUUUGAGGGUCAUUCAUUGCACUGGACUAAAUGGGUCAAAAUCACUUAAGAGUCAAACUUAUUUUUAAAAAUAUUCAUCAUGUUUUCAAAUGACACACCAACAAAUCUUUAAAAAUGAGAAAUUGUUACCAUUGCACACCAACUGUUAUUUAAAGCAGUUGUUGCUAUACUUAAGAAAUACUCUGGAGGUAUGAAAAGGGAUUGUACCGAUUCUAUAUUUUAUAUACUCUAAUAUGAUAUAUAUUAUAUAUUUUGAAAGGUGAAAGGUAAGGGAAUGGUUCCAGAAGUAUAAAUAUACGGAAUUGGAUUUUUCUGUUUGUUGUUAAGACUUGAAAACAUGAAGGAGGUGUGUGGAGAGCAUUUCAAACACUCAGACGCAUGCUCACAUAAGUACAUCCUUCUCUCUCACACCUCAGUCAUCUGACAGGCCGGGUCAUCUUAUAUCGUCAUUAUUAUCCAGUCAUCUUCUGCGCCAUCCAAUCGCAUAGUUUUCUAAUGUCAUAAACGGCAACAAACAAACCAACCAACCCACCCACCAACCAGACCCCUUCAUGCUCCCCGCUGCCGUCGGGAGCUUGAAUUAUGCAACGACCCCAGUAGAAUGUUGUUCUGAUGUGUAAACUAAUUUCCUACACUGUAUGACUUUUGAACUCUUACAAUGCGUGCCUGUGUUCCGCCUAGACCCUGUGUGCAUGUGUGUAUGUGUGUGUGUUCCUUUUAUGUAAUUGUGUGUGCGUUUUGUGCGUUUGCCCAUGUUUGUUAGCGUGGAGUACGUCCAAAUGUGCGUAUAUACAGUACAUAAAUAUGUUAAGUGUGUGAGUGUAUGAGUGUGUGAGUGAGUGAGUAUUUGGUUCUGUUUAGUGCACAUAUAUACAAAAGUAUACUGUAUGUUUGUCUCCCUGAGUGCAUGUGUGAAAGAGAUGGCCAGUGCGGUUGUGUGUGUCAAUAUGUGUGCAUGUCAGGGUGUUUGUAACAUGGGGCUGCGUCACCUCGCUCUAUGCCCAACCCCUAUGGCUCACACCAUCCCCUGUAGCGCCUUAUAGUGGCAGCCUGCCAGUAGGAACAACGCAGCCAGUAGUGGAGGAGGGAAGGUGAACAGAGGAACUCGGCUCUUGUCAGUUUUCAUUUUCCUCCUGAGACGUGUUUGUUUACUAUCUGAAAAAUCUAUAAACGAAAUCUUUAAAGACAAAAAAGACGAAAAAAUGUUCACAGGGCCCCAUGACUGUGGCUCUCUCUACUCUCUCCUGCUUAUGUUAUUACUUAACAAUUAUCAAUGAUGAUUAUUAUGAUUAUUAUUGCUAUUAUUCUUAGUAUUCUUAUUCUUAUUAUUAAUCCAAUUACUGCGAUGAAUGACUUCAUGUUAUCCUUGCUAGUUUAGGUCAUUUCUGAAACUGGAAACAAAAUAAAAAUCUUGCUGUAAAUGUUUGUUUUUUCUUUUUCAUAAAACUGUUGUGUUUGAAUUAUUUGUACUUUUGAAUGUUGGGACAAUAAAAUGAGGUGUUAAGAGCU